AUGUUGAAGGAGGAAGAAAGUCAAGAACAGAGCAGUGAGAUAAAGGAAAACAUGGCAUCCAGAACAGAAUACUAUCUUGAAUCACUCAUAACUGAUGCUUUUAAGGGAAAGGGAUUUCAGAAAAUAAAUGAACUGUUUGAAGAAAAAGAAAUUUACCCUCCUCAAAAAUACAGCAAACAAUUGUUUAACCAACUUGACAAAGUGCUGAAAAAGGAGUUGGACAAGAAUGAAUUCCAAAAUGUUUCCCUGUUGUUGAAAUGCAUUCAGAUGUACUUUAAAAGUGAUCCUCAAGAAGGGGCAAGCUUGCUUAUUCAGCAAGGACUGAUACCAAAGAUGGUAUCUUGGUUUGAAAGAGCAAGAGAAUUUUUGAUCCUCAUAGAGCCAGAACAGAAUAAAUCUCUGCUGAGACUUGUGGAAGAUUUCUUUGACUCUGCAUUGGUUAUUUGCAAAUGCAACAGUGAAGGAAAGAAACAGUUGCUGGAUUCAUUCUUACCUGACCUAGGACAGCUAGUGACUGAAACAAAUGUUGGCUGUGCACUUCGGCAGGAGGCUUUGAGGACUCUCAACUCUAUGCUGGACAGUGUACCACGAGAAGAGAGAAGAAAAUUUCCUAUGUCUGAAGAAAUGUGUUCGCUUACGAAAGAUCUGGCAAAAACAAUUCUGGAGGUUGGUGAUUAUGACCUUCAGGUUGCUCUUUCGGAAGCACUAUGUAGACUGAUAACAAAAAAAUGGAGGGAUGACCUUGUUCACAACUGGUUUGAAGAUGAUUAUCUUGCUGAAGCUUUCAAAGAGAUAAAGGAUAGAGAAUUUGAGACGGACUGCAGAAAAUUUCUCAAUCAACUAAAUGACAGACUUGGGGAUAAAAAAAGAGUUUAUUCAUUUCCCUGCAUAUCUGCUUUUGCUGACAUGGAGGAGGUGAAGAAGCCAUCAGAUGAGAAACUGGAGGAGUUUUGGAUUGACUUCAAUGCUGGAAGUCAGAGUGUGUCUUUCUACAUAGACAGCGCUGAGGGUGCUCUUUGGGACUCAGUGAGGCUGCCAACGGAAGUGGUCAGUAGUUACAGUCUGAGAGAGGAUAAUGGAGAAAAGAUAGUUAAAAUAUACAUGAAGAACCCUACUAUGAUCAAUGGCAAAGAAGUAACAAAAAUCAAAAUUCACUUCAAUGCCAAAUUUGAUAUUUUAAAUACACUCUACGAAGUUCUGGGAAAAGACAAAAUGAUGAUCAAGACUGAUAACGAGGAUCUCAUCAGCACCGAGGAACAAACAAAGCAAAAUGGAACAUUAAUAACUAAUGAAUCCAGCUACUUACAGUGGAAGAAAGAUUCUACAAACAUUGAAAAAACAGACUCUUUAUCUGACAUCCUGACAUCUCAAUAUAGUGAUCAAUCACAUAAAACUAGUUCUGGUAUCACUACGAGCAUGGGAAGCCAACAGACUGAAACUGAAGAUGCUAAGCUAAGCCAAGAGUGUGAAGCUGCAGUUUCCCAAACUCUUUCAGCAAAAAAGUCUAAAACUCCGUCACCUCAACUGAAUGAUAAAACCAGUGAGUCACCCGUAGAAGAACAGCCAGAUAUACAGGUUAUAGAAGAACAUUCCCCAGAGGUCGUUGAAUGGGGGGAGAAGAAGAAUAGAAGAACAAGCUUGGGCAAAGAAAUAAUAGAAGCAAAGAUGAAUUCUUAUGACUUUGAAAAUUCCUCUGACUCUCUGAAUUAUGAGAAGGUUACUGAAGCAAAACAAAAAAUUCUUGGCCAGAAGGUUUCUUUACAAAACCAGAGGAAACAUCUUUUCUCUGAAAGUAAUUGGGACACUGCAAGCAAUAGUCACAGUGAAAAGAGCUGGAUCCUUGAUUCUCAGAAAAAAUCACUACCAAAAACCCUAGAUUAUACCCGAAGAAGGCCAAGGGUCAGGAGUAAAUUAAAAGUGUUGCCAUUAUCAUCUGCAAGUAGUGGCAGUGACUACCACACAAAGAAAGUUGGUGUUUCAAGACCAACAAUGCACAGGGAAGUGCUGAAGAAGGAAAUUAAAUCCAGUGCAAUGAGGCUUGAUUUCUCUGCAGUGGAACUCCCUGUUAAAGCACUUCUUUCAGAUGAUUUGGAAGCAGACGAUCUGACACUACCAUUAAGUGCAUCUUCCCAUGAGUAUUCUGAUGCUGGAGAGAAGAAGAAAUAUGUGGAGGUAUCCAGUAAGUUACCAGGAAAAGAUAAAGUCUCCAAAUUUAAACGAAAAGGUUCAGAUCUGUCACCUGGUGGGGUCGUUAAAAAGCCUAAACUUUCAGGAUGGGAAAUGGGUCAGCCAUCUCCUGGCAUUUCACCUGAGCCAAGAAAACUUUUUGAUUCAAUAGAGAAGAAAAAGGAGAUUCAAACAGGUGGGGAAUCGGAUGAAUCAGAUGACAUCUUCGUCUCCAAGAUACUGCAUGAGGACGUCAGUGAUUCUGGUGUCAUUGCUGCCUUUGAAAGCUUUACCAGCCAACUAACGAAAACUUUCUGGGUUUUGUCUACAGAGUUCCAAAGACUGAAUAAAUUGGAGAACUUCCACAAGGUUGUUGUCCAAGAACUUGCCAAUCUUGAGAAGGAUGCUCAAAUUUUAUCCAUCCUUGAGAAGGACACGGUGGACUUUUGGAAUAAACAGUCCAUCAAACUGAGCUCUUUCUGUAAUCAUCAAAAGCAAAGGAUUCAGUCUAUGAAUUCAGUAUUGGAAGAAACUACGAGGAGUUUUAAAGAUACAAUACAAAAUACAAAGUAUGAACAUCCACAGGAGAAGGCGGAAGAAAAUAGUAAGGUGUUCGUUGUUGCUUCUGAUUAA